CAACCCAGACUGGUGAGGUGUGGUCAUAUUACACAGGAAGGAGGGUGAUUCAGAGUUCAUGAAUAUCAUUGCCAAUGAGAUUGGGUCAGAGGAGACCCUCCUGUUCUUAACCAUGGUUGAUGAGAAAGGUGCUGGACUCUUCUUACUGGCAGGGCGACCUGCAGCUGUGGAGACCUUGGGGCCCAGGGCGGCUGAGGUCCUGGAAAGCAAAGGAGCAGGGAAGAAAGGCUGUUUUCAGGGCAAGACCACCAAGUUGAGCCAGCGGGCAGAGGCACAGGCGCUUCUCCAGGACUACAUCAGCACGCAGAGUACUAAGGAGUGA